AUGAAUUUGAUUCGGGAAUUUGAAAUGAAGAGAAUGAAAGAAUCAGAAAUCAUAAAAGAUUAUGCAGAUCAACCACUUGACUUAGCUAACAAGGUGAGAUUGUUUGGUAAGGAUUUUAUUGAUGAAAGAAUUGCUCAAAAAAUUCUUAUCACACUUCCUAAGAAAUAUGAAGCCACAAUCUCUUUUUUAGAGAAUUCUAAGAAUCUGUCAAGCAUUACCUUGGCAGAACUUGUUAAUACUUUGCAUGCAUUGGAGCAAAGAAGAAUAAUGAGGAAAGAAGGGUCUGUUGAAGAUGUCAAGUGCAACAAAUGUGGUCAACUGGGCCAUGUGGAGAGGGUAUGCAAGUCACAAAUGCAACAAGAAGAAGCCAAGGCUGCUGUAAAUCAAUAUGGAGAAGAGCAAUUCGGAUGCACAAAUCAUAUGACCAGUGAUCAAAAGCUCUUUAAAGAACUAGAUAGAUUUGUUAUUUCCAAAGUCAAAAUUGGAAAUGGAGAAUAUCUUGAUGCAAAAGGCAAAGGAAUAAUUACAAUUCAAAGCCCUACAGGUUUGAAACUUACAACUAGUGUUUUCUUUGUUUCUGAUCUUGAUCAAAACCUCUUAAUUGUUGGGCAGCUACUUGAAAAUGGUUUCAAAGUAUUGUUUGAAGAAAAAUCAUGUGUCAUAAAGGAUUUUGUUAAUACGGAGAUGUUCAAGGUCAAGAUAAGAGGAAGGAGUUUUUCCUUGAAUCUAUUGGACGAAAAGCAAGCAACAAAUGCUAGGUUGGAAAAUGAUUCUGAGUUAUGCAACAAAAUAUUCGAAUGUUAUCAUCAUGAUGCCAUACUCUUCAUGAAAGAAAAUCAACUAGCAGAAGGUUUCUCGAGCCUUAAGAAAAUCUACCUGCUUGUGAAGCUUGUCAGUAUGGGAAGCAAACAAGGCUUCCUUUUCAGGAUUCAUCAUGGAGGACAAAGAAUAAGCUAUAACUUGUUCACAUAG